CUUCAAAGCUGAUAUACUGACUACACUGGAAAGAUCCCCUUAACCUCAGAGUAUCCUUUUGAAGCGUGCAGUUACAGUGCACGUCUGAAGCUCUCAAAGGUGCUUUGGUGAUACAUCUCGAGACUUCUGCAUGUGACUGCUGGAAAAGCCCAGAAAGGAUGGAGAAGGUUAAUUAUCCAUCUGUGUGCGUGGUGGACACCCACGCCACACGGCCUCCAGUGCCCCCCAGGCUGAACCAGAUGCAAAGAAAAUCCGGGGUGGCUCAGAUCCUGCUGUUCAUGCUGGUGAGCUUGGCGUUGUGCGGCAUGGUCAUAGAAGCAUGCUUCAUCUACGGACUCUACCAUCCUGUAGGCCAUCCUACCACCUCAGCAUCAUCCUCUAAGCAGAGCAGCGAUGACAGUGUUGCAGCUCCCGCUAAACAUGGUAUCCCUCCCUCCAAACCAGUUGCACAUCUGACAGAUGGACAAGAUGUAGCUCAUGAAAAACAUAAAAUGGCAUGGAGCAUGAAUGCAGACCCUCUCCUCUAUGAAAUGACCUACGAAGACAAAAAGCUUAUAAUUCAGAAAGAGGGUUAUUACUAUGUCUAUUCCAAGGUUUUCUUCUCAGACAACGACAUUUUUCGCCAUCAUAUUAACUGGCAUACCAACAAGUAUGAUGGGAAUAUCACCCUCCUGCAGUCCAGGAAAUUUUCUUUACACUCAAACAAAAAACAAGAAUCCAACAGUUACCUGGGUGGAGUGUUUCACUUUUACGAGGGUGAUGGUAUUUCCGUGCAAGUCAGUGACACCUCAAAAAUUGUACGUCACAAGCCCUUUGAGAACAUCUUUGGUGCUUAUAUGAUAUAAAUGCCAGGAUGAUAUUUAAAAGCUCUGAGUGAGAGUAAAUUAAAACACAUAAGUCCUCUUGGGGUGGUUUUGAUUCUCUCCGUUAUGUAAAGGCAGGUCCAUAACCACAAAGAAAGCAAGUGUGAAAUCCUCUUUGUGCCUUAGCACGCUGCAAAGGGCAGGACUGUGCUGCCAGCUUUCUUUCUGCACAUGUAACUCUCGACUUUGUUUUAGCAGUGUAAACAACAGUUUGAUAUCAGGGUAAUUUUAUAUGCUUACAUGCUUGUGUAUUCGCUUUAAAUUCAAAGUCUGAUUGUUAAAAGAUGAUUUCCAAUAGAUAUAUAAAAAAACAAAAAACUGUUUAAUAUGAACUGAGUGUUCAUAUUAAACUGUAACCUUUUUUCUGUACUUGCUGUAACACAUACUGCACACUAUUUAUGA